GAAGUCGACUAACAUGAGGUUCUUAACGAUCAUUGCGUUGUUCUGCGUCUUGGCAGGCUGCUCUUGCACGGAAUCAACUACGUCAUCUGGAUAUUAUUGGGACCAAUAUUCCUCUUCUUGGGUGCCCAACGGGGACUCUACCACUUCGUAUCCCUACUGGGAGGAUACUACUACAUCUGCACCUGUUGCUCCGUCAACUGCUAUGACCCCAUGUGAUGGACAAAUCCAAGGACCUUGCGAGAAUCUUGUAAAGGGUGCACACAAGGUGUACGUCUUCUAUUAAAAUCACUUCAAUUUGUAUACCCCGAAAAUACCCCAGGUGCGGCGAAGCAUGCGAUUGGGGCUAAAUAAAGAUCAGAGGCUCUAUUAACAUCUGGUGCCCGACAGAUAAAUGCA